AUGUCGCUGUUACGAAGGUUUGCGCUCCAUAGCCGAAUAAGCAGGCCACAAUUGGUUCAAUAUUCUAGCAUUGUCGAGGAACUAAAAACCAAAGACAGCUUAAAGCACAACGAUUCGGACACGCACUUUGGCUUCCAAACGGUAAAAGAAAGUGAUAAAUGGAGAAAAGUACACAAAGUCUUCGAAGAGGUUGCCGCAUCGUACGAUUUGAUGAACGAUGCUAUGUCUAUGGGUGUUCAUCGAAUAUGGAAAGAUAUUUUCAUAGAACGGUUAUCACCCAUCGGAAAUGGAAUUCGGCUGCUUGAUAUGGCUGGAGGAACCGGAGACAUAUCGUUACGGUACAUGAAAUAUUUACAAAAGCUUCCAGCGAUCGAUCGAAAAUCGAGCCAUGUCACGGUUUGUGAUAUUAAUCAAAAUAUGCUCGAUGUGGGACAAAAACGUUGGGAGAAACUGAAUCUGCCAACUGCCGGCGAUACCAUUGAAUGGGUCUGUGCAGAUGCCGAGAAAUUGCCUUUCGACGAUUCAUCAUUCAGUGUUUAUACUAUUGCAUUUGGUAUCAGAAAUUGUACUCAUAUAGAUCGAGUUCUUGCUGAAGCAUAUCGUGUGCUUCAACCGGGAGGUCGUUUUAUGUGUCUUGAAUUCAGUCAUGUCAACAACGAAUAUCUGAAAUGGGCAUAUGAUCAAUAUUCUUUUCAAGUAAUACCCCCAAUGGGUCAAAUAUUAGCCAACCAAUGGCAACCAUACCAGUACUUGGUAGAGAGCAUCCGAAAGUUUCCCUUACAAAACGAAUUCAAAAAAAUGAUUGAAAACGCUGGUUUCAAAUGUGUUCAAUUCGAAAAUUUGACCUUUGGUGUAGUUGCAAUACACUCAGGUUUUAAAUUAUGA